UAAAAUGUUUUUAAGUUAUUAAUAUAAGAUUUUCAAUCUUUAGAUUUAUGCAUCCUAUACCUAUCGAUCCUUGGAAAGGUAUUAAAAAUGCUACAGAGCCACCUUUCUCCUGUGUUCAAAUCAAUGAUACGCAAUUUGGUGAAUUCAAGGGGUCAACAAUGUGGAACGCCAACAGCCCUCUUAGUGAGGAUUGCCUUACGCUGAGUGUUUGGGUACCAAAACCCAGGCCUAAAAAUGCUGCAGUACUGGUAUGGAUCUAUGGAGGAGGAUUCUACAGCGGAACCACCACUUUGGACGUCUAUGAUCCGAAAAUUUUAGUAUCGGAAGAAAAUAUCAUUGUGGUAGCGAUGAAUUAUAGGGUUGCGUCUUUAGGAUUCCUCUACCUGGACAGGCCACGAGUGCCUGGAAAUGCCGGACUGUUUGACCAACUGAUGUCCCUGGAGUGGAUACGAGACAACAUUGCAGCGUUUGGAGGUAACCCCCGCAACAUCACGCUCGUUGGUGAAAGCGCGGGUGGUGUAAGCGUCGGACUUCAUCUCCUCUCUCCUCUGAGCAGAAAUCUUUUUCAGCAAGCCAUUUUGCAGAGUGGUGCCCCUACUUCCCCAUGGGGAAUUACAGAAAGACACGAGAACAAAAAAAGAGCACUCUUGCUAGCAGAGGCUGUUAAGUGUCCUCACGACGAGUCCAACAUGGAGGCAGUCAUAGAUUGUCUGCUGAAAGUGGAUCCCUUUGAGAUGGUAAACAAUGAAUGGGGGAAUUAUGGGGUUGUGGAGUUCCCCUUCACCCCUAUCGUCGAUGGUGCUUUCCUCACUGAGCAUCCCAGCCAGUCUUUUGCGACCAAGAAUUUCAAAAAGACCAACAUCCUGGCUGGGAGCAAUACAGACGAGGGGAAUUACUUCAUUGUGUAUUACUUGACCGAUUAUUUCAAGAACCAAGAAGAUGUUUACAUCAACAGGCAGGAAUUUAUCGAGUCGGUUAAGUUGUUGAAUCCUUAUGUCGGAGAGCUUGCGCAGGAAGCGAUCGUGUUCCAAUACACAGAUUGGGAGAAUCCUGAAGACACGAUCAAGAACCGGGAUGCCAUCGAUAAGAUUGUUGGUGAUUACCAGUUCAUUUGCGGCGUCAAUGAAAUAGCCCUGAAGUAUGCUGAGACUGGGAAUGAUGUGUACAUGUACUAUUUCAGUCACCGUUCCAGUGCUCACUUCUGGCCUCGGUGGACGGGUGUCAUGCAUGCAGAUGAAAUAAACUUUAUCUUUGGUGAGGCUUUGAAUCCAACAUUUGGUUACACAAAGCAGGAAGAGCUCUUUUGUAGAAAAAUCAUGAGAUAUUGGGCGAAUUUCGCAAAAACAGGGAAUCCUAGUCUUAGGCCAGAUGGCGAAUAUGAAUCUACUUACUGGCCUGUCCACACAGCAACAGGUCGUGAAUACUUAACGUUAGCUGUCAAUUCUAGCGAAAUAGGUAGAGCCCGGCGGGCGAAAGAGUGUGCCUUUUGGUACGAGUAUUUGCCCAAACUAGUGUCCUACACAGGUAUAAACUCCAUUUCCUUUUUUUUCCCUAAAGUUUUUAUAAAUUUGAUCAAAAAAUUUCUUAUUUCAAUUUUUGUCUUCAUGUUCGGUAUUUUUAUGUUUUUGCGCAGCUAUGGAUUGAAAGUUCAAAAUUAUUUUGAAAAAUUCGUUUCGAUAGUGAGAGGCAAGGUUAGGGAUUGCUUUAAUAAUAUACUCAGUAGUUAAAAUAUGAAUUUAAAUAUUUCUUAUCGUGUAUUAGUACAGUUUAUUAGUAUUUUAUUA